AGGGAGAAACCCACCAAUCAGCGAGCGCCGCCGCGGCCGUGCCACGUCCCGGAAGUGCCGUGCCGAGCUCCCGCCUUAAAGGGACCGCGCUGAGCUGGUCACCGCCGCCCUGCGCAGCGGCCCAUGGCGAAGCCCGGACACGGCUGGAGCCGCGCGGCAGCGGGGCAGGGCGAGGCGGAGCAGGGCGAGGAGGACCCGCUGGACGCCAGGAUCGCGCGGAGCGGCUGCCUGGAGCAGCACCGGCAGCUGCAGGAGUGCAUGGCGGAGCGGCGGGACUGGCGGCACUGCCAGGAGCAGGUCCGCGCCUUCGGCGCCUGCAUGGCCCGGCGGCAGCAGCGGCAGCGCGGGCCCGGCCCGGCACAGCCCCCGGACUGACACCGCCCCUUCUGGCUUCAUUUUUAUCCAGCCGCUCGGAAACUCGGGUGGAAUUGUUGGGAAAUUAAAUCCGGAGUUUGUCACCCCUCGGCUUGGUCUGUGCCAGUGGGAGAGGGUGGCUGGUUUGGAGGAUACAGCAUCAAGCUGUGCCAUGGCAGGCUCAGGUGGGACAUCAGGAGGAAUUUCUUCAUGGGAAGGAGUUUUAAACACUGCAAGGUGCUACCCAGCGAGGUUUGGAGUCCCUGUCCCUGGAGGUGUCCAAGAAUGACUGGACAUGGCACUCGGUCCUCUAGGCUGGUGACAAGGUGGGGACUGGGCACAGCUUGGACUCAAUGAUUCCAGAGGUCUUUUCCAACCAAAAUCAUUCUGUGGUUGUGGAUUUCCAGCCCAAAAUGUUCCAAUCCAGGAGCAUUCACAGCACUUAGGCUGGGUCUUGGCUACAGAACAGCCCUGCCAUGGACUUUUACUCCAUGUUCUCUGUGCCAUCCUAAGGCUUUUCCACUAGUGAUAACCUCAUGUCCCACAGGAUGGGAUUUAUCUCCUGGGAAGCCACAGAAAAAUUAGGAAUGGGAGAAAAAUGGAUUCUCAUCUGACCACCACCUGCUGGCAAAUAAGCCAUGAGAAAGAAAAUAAAAUCGCUUUUUGCAUGGCUUUUGUCAGAAGGA